CUCGUCCCAAAACCCGCAACAAAUAUGUCCCCAAAAGGCCCCUACAGGCUUGUGACAGUGAACACUGCCCCUGAGCGGGCAAAGAGGCUGAUUGGUCGUGUGACGGAAGAGCUCAAAGAUCAGUACACGAUACAACAUCUGGCAAACUGCGAAAGUAUUGACGAAGUCGAAGGGAAAGUGAAGGAGAUCCAACCAGACCUACUUUUCUGUGCCUCGAUGUGGACGCCCGAGGAAAGUACCAGGAUCCAGCAGAUAGCCAGGAGCAUCGUGCCGGACAUCAAGACUCACGCAAUCCCAGAAGGACUGCAGGUACAAAAAGGCCCGGAUGCCGUCGUCGAGUACCUGAAGGAGCAGAUUCCAAACAUUCUGGGCUGAAGGGCAGUCUGGUAGAACGACAUGAAUGCCUUGGAGAGAAGACCCCUAGCCAAUAGACUUACUGAUAUUAGCGCCAUAGAAGAAGAAGAGAUUGGUAUUCUGUG